UAUCUCAACCAUCUCAAAAGUUCGGAGCGUUCACGCUGUCCUCUCCUACCCUCUUCUCCAACUGCUGGCAAGUUCGUCUUUUUCCCGCCAAUUCUUCGUCUGGAAUUUCCCGCCAACCAGACAUCCGAUUCUUUCGAAUCGGCGUAGGAAAUGAGCUUACCGCUGCAUCAGCUUGCCUGCUCCUCUCUGCAAAUUCCCCGAUCUUGCAACAAAUCGCUGGUUUUCCCUAAGUUCGCGAAUAAAUCGGGUGCCGAUCCAAAGAGGAUGCUGGAAACUCGGCCGCGGGCUGCCUCCGUUGGCGGAUCCGGUGCGGAAUAUUCCGAACAGUUGUUGGGAACUGAAAGGAAGCGGAAAACACCAAGUGUGGCUGGCGUAGAUCAGGAUGAGCUGCUAGAUCCAGUAUCACUAGCCGAUCCUGACAGUUUCUUUUGUGAAUUUAAAGGAGUCCAAAUACACCACAAAAUAUGUAAUGAAGAAGAGCCAAUGGACUACUCGUUCCAAAAUCAGACAUCUUCUCAACUUUCCAACAGAAUUCUAAAGAUCGGGUUUCCCAUAAUUCUACUACAUGGUUUUGGAGCCUCUGUGUUCUCAUGGAAUCAAGUAAUGAAGCCACUUGCUCAGAUAGCUGGUACGAAAGUUCUUGCUUUCGAUCGACCUGCUUUUGGGCUGACGUCACGGGUGAGUUCUUUUGAACAUCGAAGCUCUGAUGGUGAGGAUGCUGUGGCUUUAAAUCCGUACUCAAUGGCAUUUUCUGCGCUUGCCACUCUGUUCUUCAUUGACUUCUUAGCUGCCAAGAAGGCGAUUCUAAUGGGGCACUCAGCUGGUUGCCUUGUAGCCGUUGAUGCAUACUUUGAAGCUCCCGAGCGCGUCGCUGCUCUGAUCCUCGUGGCGCCAGCAAUUUUGGCCCCACGUGUUUCACGUACAGUCAGUAGAGAAAACCAAACAACAAGAGAAGACCAGAUAGUGGAUGGAAGCUCAAUUUCGGAUGUUCAAGAGAACCCAUUUGUUAGAAUCGUGAAGACAAUAUCAAAGUUUUUCAUGUACAUUGUGCGGGCGACAAUGCAAAUGAUGAAGACGAUGAUGGAUAUGGUCAGCUCUCUGUAUCAGAAAGCCUUGUCUGCAAUUCUACGGUCGGCCUUUGCUGUAAUGUUGGUUAGAACGAUAAUGGAUAAGUUUGGGAGACUUGCUGUGCGUAACGCAUUUUAUGAUGUCAAUCGAGCUACCGAUCAUGUCCUUCAUGGUUAUACAAAGCCAUUGAGGGUCAAGCAUUGGGACAAGGCUCUGUUAGAGUACACACUAGCCAUGCUUACAGAUUCUUCAUCCAAAUCAAAAUCGCCACUAUCAAAAAGACUAGCUGAGAUCUCAUGUCCAGUAUUGAUCAUUACUGGCGACUAUGACCGGAUCGUCCCCUCUUGGAAUGCUAAGCGUCUAUCACAAGCUAUACCCGGCUCAUGUUUCGAAGUUAUCAAGAACUGCGGCCACUUACCGCAUGAAGAAAGGGUGGAAGAGUUCCUUUCAGUUGUGGACAGGUUCCUCCAGAGAGUUUUUGGAGCUCCAGAGGAGCAGCUUCUGCAAGCAACAGCUUGAAGGAAAAAUAGCAUUCUGCACAGGUGUGUUCUAGGAUUAUCAAUAGAGCUAUUACAGAAUGCUAGACCUAGAAUUUCUCUAGCAUGCCUUGGUCUUUAGUUUGUAAAAAUCUAGCCCAUGCAAUGAUCCAAACCAUUGACAUGAUGGGCCCCACCGUUAAUGGCCCAUUGACAGGUAAUUGAAUCUUCGGUGCCUUUUGUUGAAUGUAGAUCAUUGUUGUAUUUUCUUUUCCAUGUAUUUGAACAUGUACUGAAUAGUUUUGCGAGAUUUUUGGUGGAUGGGCCAUCCAAAGUGGAUUCGGUCAUAUGAAUGGUUUGGAUAACUGAAGCAUGGGGCCCCGCUUGUACUAACUGAAGACGUAUGCAUGCCAUAGAAACUCUUGUCCUAGCACAAUGUAAUAUGCGAUAUCUCACAUUGAUAUGA